ACAAGGAACGCCUGCUGCUCAUCGACUCCCGCUCUCUUUUGGUCUCUUUUACACCACACACUCAAACGUUUACAUUAACACUCGAGUUUGUGUACUUUUUUAUACUUUUUCUGUUGAUUUUGCAUGGUUGAUUUGAUCGAAAAUGGACAAAUAUUCAAGAGUACCUGUUAUAGAUGUGCAUGCCGAGAAUCUCGAAGCCAUAUGGCCUGUGUUAGUCGAGUCCAUUCACACCUCCAGUCUCAUAGCGCUUGAUACGGAAUUGAGUGGACUGGGAAACAGAAAAAAGCUGAUAGCAAAGUCAGUCGAGGAUCGCUUCAAGUUUAUGGCGGAUGUAGUGAAAUCAAGAUCCAUUUUGACUCUUGGUAUAUCCUGUUUCAUAGAGCAAGAAGUUGGCAUUAUGACACAAUUCCCUGAUAACUGUUGCAAUAGGCCAAGAGAAACAGAUGAUAAUGAUAACAGUAGCAAUAGCCCAAGAGAAACAGAUGAUAAUGAUAACAGUAGCAAUAGCCCAAGAGAAACAGAUGAUAAUGAUUCAGCCAGUUUGCAUAAUGAAAAAAGGCAAUACAAAGCAAAGACAUUUAACUUGAGUGUUUUAUGUAGCGAAGAUUUUGUUGUUGAGCCUGGAUCACUACAGUUUCUAGUACAGCACGGCUUUGACUUCAACAAGCAAUAUUCUAAGGGCAUCCCAUAUACAAGAGGAAAUGACAAGACAUGUCAUGAUUACAGUACACCCAGUGUGAGGAACCUCUUCAGUCAGAUUGUCAUUUCUAACAAGCCCAUAGCACUACACAAUGGCUUCUUUGAUUUACUGUACCUAUACCAGAGCUUUUAUGCAGAUGUCCCAAGCAAGCUGGAGGUGUUUUUGUCAGAUGUAUAUGAGAUGUUUACUGGUGGGGUUAUUGAUACCAAGUAUGUUGCAGAGUAUCACAUGCGAGAGCCUGCAUCGUAUCUGGGGUAUAUAUUCAGAAAAUGCCAGCGUCACAACCUAUCUUGCAAGGUUGCUGGGGCCAGGUAUACAGAAAUCUUGAUGGUGGAAGAUAGGAUAUUAAAACCAUGGAUCGAGGAGUUGUGUUGCUAUGCCAAUGUGAAGUCUCAUGACUCUGAUGGACAGACACUUCAAGUGUGUGAUUUGUAUGCUUCACAUGGAUUUUGUCACAAGGGGUUCACAUGCCCACUGUCGCAUGACAUGGACCUUAUUCUGGACAGAGAUGAGCGAAUAGAACAUAAGAAGAGUAAAAGAAAGAGGAAACGAAAGGCAGCAGGAAACAAUGAGACAUUAGAGAAGUCAUCAUCUGAAGUAAGUAGAUUAGCUCAUGAUAUUGUGGAUACAGAUAGGUUACCCUCAAACCAACACACUACAGAUACAGCAGGAAGUACUAAACUCCCCACUGAAAAACCAUCAUCUGCAUCAACGAGUGGUGGCCACAGGGCAGGUAUUGAUGCAUUUAUGACAGGUUACUGCCUAGUUUCGUACAUGACUAAGAAAAGACUCACAAAACUCCAGGGUUCAGAAUGGGUAAACAGAGUAAGUCUAAGUGGCAAAGAAAUGCCCCUUCAAAUAGCAAAGAGCCACUUUGCAAAAGCUUCUGGAAACCAUUCACAAAAGCUUAAACUUAUCAAAGGAACCAAGUGAUACAUAUCAUAUUGGAGUGGAUACAUAUUUUUAGUCAGAAAGUAAUAUAGUUUGAAGAAUACAUAUAUCACUAUUCCCGAAGCCAAGUGAAUGGCAGAUAUUGGAGUCAAUCAAUCGAAUGUCACCUUUCUAAUGUCAAUAAAGUAUGCUCACCAUUAUAAUAAGAUAAGUCAAUCAAACUUUAACAUCUUUUAUUUCUUUUACAACUACAAAUAUACUGUAACUGUUUUUUCAAGAGAGAUGGUGAUAAUUUCUGUCAUAAUUUUCACUCUGUUGAUUUAAUAAUAUUUACAAUCCAACAGAUCUUAUUCAUCUCUUUAUAUAUAUCUUGAUUACAAUAAAUAUAAACUUUUGCAUCA